AUCAAUUUCUAAGUAUUAACUUUUAACACGCGUUAAUUUAUAGAUCUAGUCAGUUUUGUGCGUAAUAUAAAGAAUAAAGAGAUACGCAAUAAUUUUAUUUUAGGAGAUCGUGAUACUGUAAAAAUCUGGCCAAUAAAUUAAACGUGCAAUGUUAAACAACAUUAGCAUGAUAAAUAAUAGAUCUAGAUCAGGGAGUUCGCACUUUACUUCUCAGUGGAUUAAUUAGAUUUUCUCACUGCUGCAUAAAUAAACAUGAGUCAAGCGCCUUUAGAGCCAAGAGAGAUUUCAGCCCCAAGAGUUGGCAGGUUUAAGAUCUAUAUUCAGGGAGACUUGAAGCACAGUCAGUUUAUUAUUUUAACAGUUCAUGAUCUAGGAUGCAACCACUCAAUGUGGACAAACUUUUUGGCCCAUCCUUCAAUGGAAGAGAUCAACAGGCGUGGUGCAUUUAUACAUGUGGAUAUUCCAGGCCAAGAGGAUGAAGCACCUGAUCUUCCAGCUGAUUAUACAUUUCCCAGUAUGCAAAGUCUUGGCGAGGAUUUGGUUUGUGUGCUUGACCAACUAGAUGUCAAGCAAGUCAUAUGUGUGGGAGAAGGAGCUGGGGCUAACAUUAUAGCUAGAUUUGCUAUGGCCCAGCCAGACCGUGUCCUUGGCUGUGUACUUAUACACUGUACUGGCACAACUGCAGGAGUCAUGGAAUCUCUGAAAGAUAAGGUGAUGAACUGGAAGCUAGAACAGAUUGGAAUGAACCCGUCCACUGAGGCGUACCUUUGUUUGCAUCGCUUUGGUUCAGUAGGCAAAUCCUUGAGGAAAAAUAGAAGACUUAAGAAAUUACUUUCUUCUGCCCUAAACCUGGCGUCCAAUGAAGCCUUCAAUUAUUUUGAAAAAGCUGAGAAUAAAGAGCAGCUUCAAAAGGUUAUUGAAAAUUUCCAAGAGUCCCUGAGAUCCAAAAUCAAUCCAAGAAAUCUGAAAAGAUUUGUUCAAGCUUUUAUGAGGAGAUCAAACAUAGCAGAUCAAGUUGGAAAACUUAAGUGUCGUGUAAUGAUGGUCACUGGCAGCAAGGCUUCAUUUAAUCACACUGUGCACAAUCUGUUUGCUCGCAUGAGAGAAAGGUUGGAUAAGAAAGAAUGUGAUAUCUUGGAAGUUGAUGGUGUGGCCAAUGUACUUGAGGAGAAGCCUGAAAGGUUUGCAGAGAGUCUUCUUUAUUUCUUACAAGGCAUGGGCUUAGUUGGUGGCGUACCCAUGCCAAGAGUUCAGAGAUCUGCUUCGAUAGACAGCACUGGAACACCCCCAAGUCGUACACGAUCCAUGUCUAUGGAGGAGGCUGACAUGCCCCGUGGUAUUUAUUCAAUGAGUCCACCAAAAUAUGGUUCAUCUCCCACUCGUGGUAGCUCUGGUGAUGUCCUCUCAACAAGCCCAACCAUGGGAUGAUUCAAACACUUUUGUUUGGAGGUUAUUUUAGUUUUUUGCUUUUUUUUUUUUUUUUAAAUUCAAACUAGACACAAAGAAAGCUGUGUAUGGAGUCUGGGUAUUUGUGAGUAUCUGACACCCAUUUAGGCAUUGAAAAUUUAGAUUUAUAUGAAUAUCUGAUCUUUCUUUUUUGAUGUAAUCAAAUGUCAUAUUUUUGGCUUCUGACUUUGAAAUGUAAAGUCUUAACGUUGAAUGUUACAUUGAAUAAGAUCUAGCCUCCAGGCUUAUAAUCGAACAGGUCUAAGGGAUUCCUUUGUACAAAAUAGAACUAAACGUUUCUUGCCAUUUUUUAAAAAAUAUUUAUGAAUUUUUUUUUCCUUUUCCAUCUAACAAAUUGAGAAAAAUAUUGCAAACAGCUUUAGCUUUCAAAAUGAAGAAAAAUAGUUUAGUCUUGUCAUUUAUUUUUUCUGCUUGAUAUUAAAAGGAAACUUGAAAAAAAAAAAUUGUAGAUGUACUUGUAAGAGAUACAUUUGUCAUUAAUCCUGAUUCCUACUUGUUAUGUGUGUUGUUUACUGUAACCAAGACAUUGUUGCUCACAACCAAACAUAAGUCUUAUGCAUUUCAACAUUAGUUCUAACAGAAGUUGUAAGGAAUUCUCUUUUUUUUUUCAAGCAGUGGCUAAAGGUAAAUAUUGGUAUAUAUUUGUUGAACUCUAAUGAUAAUAGACCUACUACCCUAGGAAUAAAGAAUCUUUAAAUGUUAAAGUGUAGUUUUCAUAUGAUAUUUGGUGUGAAUUAUUCAUAUUGUUAAAACUAUUUUUAACACUCAUUAAGCCAGAAUUAAAUUAUGGGUGGUGUUACCAUAGCCAUUGCAGUAUCAAAUAGCCCUCAUAUGUGUUCCUAGAUAAAUGUCAUUGUUUCCCCAAACUCUAGAGUAUUUUCUCUAAUAUUAAAGAAAGAAACCAGAAGAAUUGUGUGAGGACUAGUAAGUCCAGGUAGAACAAACACACAACUUGUUGAUGAACACAAUCUAUACUUGUAGUAGAGUACAACCAAGUUGAAAGGAUUUACAUGAACAUUUAUAUUAAUGUGAUCUAAGACUUGUAACUUCAAAUGGUCAGAAACAAAGUUGGCUCAUGUUUAGAAGUAAAUUGUUGCAAGUUGUCAUUCAUUAGUUAGAGAUGUACAAAUUCUUAACUUUGCAAUUUCAGAAGACAGUAUUAAGUUUGAACAAGUUUUUAUUUUUUCUGAGCAGUGCAUUUGUUGAAACAAAGCAUUUGUAUUAUUCACUUUUUUUUUUUUUUUUGUAUACAUUUUAUUUUCAAUUUUAUUUGCAUUUAGCUGAUGACAAAGAAUCUUUUUUUAUUUCUUAUUUUGUUUGAUAUUAUUUUCAAGUUAUAUAAUCAAGAAAGAUUUUGCAAUAAUUACUUUGUAUAGCAAUCAGUUCCUAUUUGUAUGUAUCAUACAUCUUAGAGACAUAUUUAUCAUAUUCCUAUUACUAUAUCCAUUUCUAUUGAAUUGUAUGAAUAAAAGCAUAAUAUAUUGGAUAGUAAUACCUCUAUGCACUUUGGUUUCAAAAGUUGAAGUGUCUCUGUACAUGUGUGUGUGUGUAGUCUCAGAGAAAUCUUAACAACAGGUCAAUACCGGGUAGUAAAUUUUAUUUCAUGAAUGUGUAGCCUUAAACCACUAGCCAAUGACAACCUCAUUGCUUUCUUUCUAUACCUUGAUAGUUAGGCUUGAACAUCAUUAUAAACAAUUGUACUAUUGUAGAGUGAUAUAAUAAUUUUUUUUCCCCAAAAAUAAUUUCUUUAUAAAAUUCAUGUUUUUUUUUUUUUAUGUAUUGCUGUGCAACUUGUGUUGUUUGACAGGUUAUCACCAUUUCAAGUCGACAGAAAACUUGAUUAGUUGAUUUAGUUUAUUCAAGUUUAUUCAAGUACUUUUGUAUCCUUGAUAUUUUCACUUCUCAGCUGUUUCUAUGUAAGAAAAGUCCAUUGACCUAAUUUGUUUGACAUUUUUAGGACUGAAAUAUUUUCCCUGAAUGUUUAUGAGUAUACAUUUACACUUAUCCCAGCUGGCAUUUUCACUUCAUUGCUUGUUUGUAAGUUGUAAAUUGUUUUUUUUUAAGCCAUAUUCAUUAAAAUAUUUAAUUACCAAAAAAAAAAAGAGACUCCAGCAAGAGAUAAUUGAUAGAGUUAAAUUGAAUGAAAUUGAAUAACUUGUUCUCAAAGUGAGCACUCACAAAGUUUCAGUUUUCUUGAAGCAUUUGUAUUAACUAGAGGAAUAUUCUUACACAUUUAAUGUUAUCUAUAGGGUUAGGGUAAACAUUGAACAAGGUCUGUAAAAGAAACUUGCAUGGUUUCUGUUCAUCUUUGUGUCACAAUGUCUCUGCACUUUAUAGAGUGGGGAUAAUGGAAUGAGAAAAUUGUGUGUAACAUAAAGCUUGCACUUGAAGUGGACAGACAAAAAGAACAGAAAGACAGCACAGCCUGUUUACUUAGAGCAUUGACAGAGCUACAGUUUGGGAGAGGGCUGAAAGGAAUCCUGUUGGUGCCACAGGAAAUGCCCUUAUUGUGUAACAUAUUAGUCCAGAAUAUUCCAGUCAUGUUCAAAGAUCUUUUGAAAUGUGCUCAGCUUGGUAGUUCUUGCUGUUUAGAAACUUUUUUGUUCAGUUCCAGGAAAUGUUGAUGUCUCAUUGAGAUGUCAAGAGAGACUCAGUGUGUGUAGACUAAAGAAAAUAAAAGAGAUGGAUGAUGUCUCUACAUGGAGAUUUAGGUCGAUUUCUACCUUAAAUCAAUUCCUAGCCAAUGGGUAGCUUUGGUGAAUGAAUCCUUGAAAAUGUAGAAGACAUCAAUCACUUUUUGUUGUUGUUGGAUUGACGUGUGUAUAGGAAACGUUGGCCAAAACAAACUUGGAUAUUUUGCUCUUGAGAAGCUAAAACCUAUAACAAUCCACAGGAGGCUCAAAGCUCAUCUUAUUAGUGACCAUGUAGAGCUUGAAUAGGGUUGGUCAUCUUGUACCAGGUUGUAAUAACAUGAUUUUGAUUUUUUUUUUUUUUCAUAUCCACAAUGUUCUGGUGAAAGUCUCCAGGAACCUAAUUCUUGUGACAACUUAUUAGUUAGAAGAGUUAGACCAAAUAUUUAUUCCUUUAAGUCUAAACAUGACCUGUGUGUAUUGACUUCAUUGACCAACAGGAACUUAAUAAAGUCAUUGGUACAGUG